CAGUUCAUUAGAAGGCAAGAAAAAAGAUGCGAAGAAAGACAAGGAGGAGAAGAAACGAGAGGAAAAGGAAAAGGCGAGAAAAGAGAAAGAAGAGAAACAAAUGGUUGAAAAUCUGAAAAGAACUAAGACCAAGGAUUCGAAAAAGAAGAAACAACAAGAAGAGAGAACGACAUGUGUCACUAAAAUUCCGUCGUUGAGUCGAGUUGGCAAAUGUGCUCAGAUAUUCGUUUCAGUGGCUGGUGAUCAGCCUCUUGAUGUCUAUGUUGCUGGUAUGUGA